AAUGAAACGAGUUGCUCGCUCGCUAUUUUCAUUUUCAAUUUUUUAUUUUGUCGAGUCAAAUCCGUAUAAAAAGAAGUUUGAAUGAAUAAUUAUACACAUUAGUUACAAUGAUGGAAUCCCCAGAUAUUCUAUCCUCGAAUCCACUCCCGGUAUCUGAUUCCAACUCAGGAAGUAAGAAAAAAACUACUGAAGAAUUCCAAGACUUACAUGAACAUGUAAUAGCUAACUUUCAGAAGCCAAACAUACCUAAUAUCAACGUUCCUGAGCGCAUUAUUUUAUGUUUGGAUGUUUGUAAUGAUGAUAGUGAUACCUUGUUCCGUCUUGGGGAUGGUACUACAUUCACACCUAUAAACAUGAUUAAACGAGUCUUAGACUUUUUCCUCCAUUCAAAGCAUGCCAUUAACAAAAGAACAGAGUUUGCUCUGUUGAUUAUGAAAGACAAUGAGGCAUGCUGGCUACAUAACUUUACAAGUAACUUGAAAGAUAUAAUUAAUAUUAUCGAUUACAUUCAACGUGAGGAAAGCACAUCUGAAAGCUUCAAUUUCCAAUCAAUAUUCCAGUUACUAAAAGAUAAUAUUGAAAUACCGGAAUACAAACAGGGAGAAUGCAUUAUGCCUCCACCUUAUGUUGUGCGCACAAUCAUUUUAUAUGGUCGAUCAAACUGUGUUCCAGUGAUACCACUGGAUGACCCAUACUUCAUGUUUCUGAAGAGACAAGCAUAUUUUUACAUAGACAUCUUGCUGUCACAUGAAGAUGAUUGUGCAUUGUAUAAGUGUGAAGAAAUAUAUGAUGCUUUGCAAGAUUUAGAUAAUGGGUAUUCUUAUGUUUAUGAGGUCUCCAGAAACGCCACAAAGAUACACGAUUGCAUUGCAAAACUACUGGCUCAUCCUUUACAAAGGCCAUUACAGAAAAAUACGGAUUAUACUUUUGGCAUAAGAUCUUAAGUUGUAAAUAAUUUAUUAAACUAAGUGUAAUAAAAUCAUAAAUUUAUUUUGAUGUAUUUAUUUCAGCUCUCCAAAGGGUUAUGACUGGUACAAAAGAAAAAACUAAGGCUAUUAUACAUACAUGGUAGUUUUAAAUACUUGAGACAUAACGCUGUACUUUCCCAGAUGACAGAUAAACAUUUGAUAAGGUUCUUGAAACACUCAUGUUAUAUCUUAUUUACAUUUUGAAAAAGCAUAAAAUAUGUAAAGACUGGCAUUUGCUAUAACUCAUCAAAUACGUUAUAGUUUCUAUCAAAUGGCGGGAGUCGCCGACGUAGAUGGCGCGUCUCCAGCAAGAGUUAUUCGAUAUCUACCUAUGUUUACAGAAUCGAAAUGUUAAAUCUAUAAUUCCGGCACAGCCAACUUUUUAAUUCCAUACUUACCAAUAGUGAUUAUACCUUUAUAAUACUUUGUGUCAUCUAUUUUUAUGCCUAAUAUUUAAAGAGUGCUGUGAUGAAGUAAGAAGAUAAGAAAAGUACUAAGCAUUUUAGUACAGUUUAGAAUUAUAAAAUAUGGACAACAUAUUGAGCAGACAUUAAAUCCAUACAGUUUGAAGCAUUUGGCAUAAGAUUCUUAAGGACGACACAGUUUUGAUAAGUCUCUCGAAUUAGGUGAUAAUCUGUUUAAUUGUACAAACCAACCCUGCUAUGCUUGUUCCCAAGUAAACGCCUAUUUAAGUAAGUAAUUACGGUGUAAUGUAAUAUUCACUAUUAACAUUUAGGUGUUUAU